UGUCACUACUGUCAAAUGUCAUUCACGUUUCAACAAGUUUUAUUUAUUUCAAAAAAGAAGUGAAAAAGGUGGAAUAAACAGGAGUUGUACUGUAGAAUUAUCUUUAAAACAUAAAAAUGGGAGACCAUGAUGAUUUUGAAGACAAUCAGUAUCCUGACAAUGAUGAAUUCAUGCCAUACGUUACAGCCGGUAAUUUGGCUCAAAAAAACGGCGCGAAAGUUGCUAUUUGGGGUAAAGUUACAAAAGUUACUGCUGAUGAAGGAUUCUAUGUUAAAACUGUAGAUGACCAAGAAAUUCUUAUACGAUUGAAAAAGCCCCUUAGCGAACCUUUGGAAGGAUGGUAUGAAAUAUAUGGAGUUUCACAAGGAAAGAGUAUAUUGUGUGAUGAAUACGUUCCAUUUUCUGACGAUAUGACCAAGAAUAUUGAUACCGAAGGCCAUAAAAAUCUUGCGAAGUUGCUAGCAGCUCUGGAGGACCCAUGGAAUCUUGGAGAAAAUCCAAGUGAUAUGAAUGGAGUGACUCCAAUGGAGUAAGUGAAGUGAACUAAUUAGAAGAAAGAUGUAUCUGAUAUUUUGUAACA